AAGCGGUACGUUUCUAUUCGGUUGCUCGGAGAAGGCGGCAAUGGUACCGUUCAUCUCUGUCGCGAUACAAAAGUGGGAACUCUUGUCGCUGUGAAGACAAUAUACCACGAUAAACCACGGUCUCCACCGAACGAGGUACAAAUCCUACAUCUACUGGGCUACCAUCAGAACAUCGUUCGGUACUACACGAUGCUGAGCCAUCCGACCCAAAAGUUCCAUAAGCAGCUCCUCUUUGAGUAUUGCCCAAUUGGCGAUCUUGUGGACUAUGUGAACUCAAGCGAAGAUGGAAACACCGAGAUGUUUAUCUGGCAUGUUUUUAAGCACAUUGCAGCUGGCCUCGAUUAUAUGCACCAGAACGGUGUAGUACAUGGAGAUAUCAAGCCGUGCAACAUUCUGCUUACAGCUCCUCGCGAUGGGGAUAUCUAUCCAUUACCUAAGAUUGCAGAUUUCGGCACAGCACAGGUCAACCAUCCCUACAAUAUCCCAUACGGCCAUCGUUGUACCGAGGGCUGGCAACCCCCGGAAGCAGAAUUUUGUCACGGCCCUGCGGCUGAUGUAUGGGCUCUUGGUUGCAUCGUCCACGCGCUUGCCCUUGGCCGCUUACCACAGAAGGAGAUCAAGCCUCCAGCGAUGGACCCAGAGACAUGGUUCUAUCUAAAUGGCAAGGAAAUCCCAUUGGGCACGGAAUAUUCGAUUUACUACAAGGAGUUUUGUUUCUACAUGGCUUUCCAUCCGGCUGCUCCCAUGCGAAUCAAUCGCCCAUCCUCACGCACGUCAACAAUCUACAGUAGGUUGUUGAACUACCUCAUGAUGCGUACGCUCGAUACUAGUCCCCGCGACCGCAUCUCAACACAUGAGCUCCACGAAAUGCUCCUCAUUCUCGAACCCUUCGUUCACAACUUGUUAGUCUUGGGUAAAGAAGAUCUCCUGGACCGUUUCGAUGACGGGCGGGAUGGCGAGUGGAAACAGGUUAGGCCAAUCACUGAUUCGCAGGUAUUCAGACAUAUCUUCUGCGUGGUCGCGCUACAGACGGAUUGCGAAUCGUAUGUAGACAUGCUAUCAUGGGAUGUACAUCUGCUUAAACUUAUGGACGCUGGGGAUCAUGCAGCAGCAUGUCAGUUCGUC